CCGUUUCAAAGAUAAACAACUUGUGGCAUCCAUCAAACACGUAAUACUCCCAAAACACAAAAUUGUUUUGAUGCAAAACAGCUUCAAUAUUUAAUAACAUCUAGUCUCAUUGAGCUUCAGCUUUGUAACUAGCUUUCUCCUCCUAGAUUUCCAUUUCUUUUGAGACUAGUCUUCUCAGGGCAGAUGGAGAUUGACAAGGCAAUCACGGAGUGUGAUGAUCGAAGGCUCAAGACGAAGUACAGCAACGCUAUCUAUGUUAUUCAGAGAACUCUUGCGCUGUACUCAAUUGAGGAGGUCGCCUUCAGCUUUAAUGGGGGAAAGGAUUCAACUGUUUUGCUGCACCUACUUAGGGCUGGCUACUUUUUGCAUAAGGGGGAGAAAAGCUGUUCUAAUGGUGAUGUAAAAGACUUUCCAAUCCGAACAAUAUAUUUUGAGUCCCCGUCUGCUUUCCCCGAGAUCAACUCUUUUACUUAUGAUACGGCCACUACCUAUGGUUUGCAACUGGAUAUCAUUCGCUCAGAUUUCAAGUCUGGCUUGGAGGCUUUACUUAAUGCGAAACCAAUCAAAGCUAUUUUCCUUGGUGUCCGAAUGGGUGAUCCUACUGCGGUUGGUCAAGAACAGUUCUCUCCUAGUUCACUUGGAUGGCCACCUUUCAUGAGGGUGAAUCCUAUAUUGGAUUGGUCAUACAGAGAUGUGUGGGCUUUUCUCUUAACUUGCAAAAUUCCCUACUGCAGUCUAUAUGAUCAAGGUUACACUUCAAUUGGAAGCAUCUAUGACACAGUUCCAAAUGCAUUAUUGUGCAUUAACAAGUCCUCCGGCAGCAAAGAAGUAUUUAGACCUGCAUAUUUGCUUUCUGAUGGAAGAUUAGAGAGAGCUGGGAGAGUUAAAAAACUUCCUUCGUCAGUUAGUGGGCAUAACCCUGCUGUUAUCAAUGGCCUUGACAAUGUGGACUUGCAUAAGAGUAGCCUACUCACGGCCUCGGCCAUUGCUGUGGGAGAUGAGAUUUUGUUUGGCACUGUUGAGGAUCAAAUAGGGCCUUCAUUGUGUAGAAAGCUCCAUUCUUUUGGCUGGCUGGUAUCACAAACUGCUGUUGUUCGGAAUGAUAUAGAUUCUGUGGCUGAAGAAGUCGAGCGACGACAAUCAACUGAUGAUAUGGUAUUUAUAUAUGGAGGGGUAGGCCCACUGCACUCAGAUGUCACUACGGCAGGUGUUGCAAAGGCUUUUGGGGUUCGUCUGGCUCCUGAUGAAGAAUUUGAAGAAUAUCUGAGGCAUCUUAUAGGUGAUCAAUGCACUGGUGACCGGAAUGAGAUGGCUCUGUUGCCUGAAGGUAUUACUGAGUUGUUGCAUCAUGAAAAGCUGAUUGUCCCUUUGAUUAAGUGUAAAAAUGUAAUAAUCCUUACGGCAACAAAUGCCUUGGAGCUGGAUGAGGAGUGGAACUGUCUAAUUGAACUAAUGAGAUCCGAUGAUGUGCUACUAAUGAUGCAAUCAUUUGUAUCUAAGCAUUUGACAACAAAUCUUACAGAUGUAGAAAUUGCUCGACCUCUGUCAAAACUUUGCCUUGAAUUUCCAGACCUUUACAUUGGUUGUCAUCGCAAAUCCAGAAAGGAGCCUCUUAUACUUUAUUUCAAGGGCAAGGACAAAGAUCGAAUUGAAUCGGCCAUAGAAGCAUUGAACAAGAAGUUCUGUCCGGGGGCUUUCGUUGAAAUCAACUCCAGUUAAUGGCAGCUUUUUCAAGUGGUCUUCUCAUGCUUCAAAUUGCUGAGUUAUUCCACACUUGAACCGGCCUCUCUUAUAUGAAAAUGUUGAUGGAACAAGAGGAAAUCCUCCCCAUGUAUUUGUUGGAUGGAACAAGGAGAUCAUUGCAAUGGAAUUUGAAAGGGGAGAGAGAUGAGGAAAAGAAACUGGGCAAAGCCCCCUAUAAUUGGAGGGAAAUGUUAAGAAUUACGUUGUUAUGAACAAUUAGGUUAAAUACAAAUGUACUUUGCACUAGAUGGAAUCUCACAGUUCACUACCAUCACAAUACUAUUCCAUGUGAUAAACUGGAUGGUUCUUUUAAACUAUUCAGUUUUAUCUUGAUUAAUAACACAAAUCCAAUGAAAAACUGAUGGAUUAAGGUUGACCA